GCCCGGCCAUGCCGAAGGGAGCGAGGCCGGCGGGGGCCAAGCAGGAGGAAUGGAAGGGGGGGGAGGAGGAGCAACCGGUCAAGAAAGGCAAGAAGGACCGGAAAGGCAAAAAAUCCUUUUUCGAGGAGCUGGCAGAGGAGGAGAAGGCGGCGCCGGCCGAGCCCCCCCCGGCCUCCGAGAAGGAUGGACCGCCCCCAGGCCAGGGGUCCCGGCGGAAGCGGGAGCGCCGGAAGGAGCCGCGGCGGGCGCGGGGGGCGGAGCCUGAGCCCGAGGAGGAGGAGCUGAGCCGGCGGCUCCAGGCCCUGGCGGCCGCGGCCGACGAGGAGGAGGAGGAGGAGGAGGAGGAAGCUCCAGCGGCCCGGAAAGGAGGGAGGAGGAGGAAGGGUGGGAACGUUUUCGCUGCUCUGAGCCAGGAGCAGAGCGAGGAAGAGGAGGAGGAAGAGGAGGAGAAGGAAAAAAAACCAUCCAAGGGGAAAAUUGCCAAGGAGGAAGAGGAGGCCGAGCGGAGGAAGAGGAAGAGCCGCAGGAACGACAAAUCCAAAGGGAAGCGCCAGGGAAAAUCCGGCAGCGACGACGAGGCCGAAGGCUCCGAGGAGCCCAAAGGGGGGAAGAACAAAUUUGGAGCCCUGAGGGACGACGAGGAGGAGGAGGAGGAGGAAGAGGAGGAUGAGGAAGGAGCCCGGAAGGGAAGCGAGAACGAGCAGGAGGAAGGGGCGGGGCCGAGGGCGGGGCCGGAUCCGCGAAUCAGCAAAAAGGAGAAGAAGAAAAUGAAGAAACAGGCGGAGUUUGAGCGGCAGGUGGCGUCGCUGCGCGCCGCGGCCGCCUCGGGGGACGGCGACUUCGCGGUGUCGCAGGCGGAGCUGUCGUCGCGACAGGCGAUGCUGGAGAACAAGAUGUACCAGCAGAAACAGAAAGAGCUGAUGAAACAAUUCGAGAAGCAGGAGAAGAAACUGCGAGACCUCAAAGCCGGGGGGAAAUCCACCAAGCAGGCGGUGAGGGAUUCCCGGGAGCCCCAAAUCCCCGGGAUCUGA